GCGCCGUGGCGUGACGUCAUCCGUCGGAUGACGUGCGCCGUGACGCCGCGCGGCGGCAGGUGAAGAUGGCGGCAGGGAAGCUGCCGGCCCGGGUGCUGGAGCUGCUGCUCUCCUACCUGGAGCUGCCUGACCUGCUGAGCUGCGGCCUGGUGUGCCGACACUGGCACCGCUGCCUGGAGGUGGACGAGAAUAGCGAGGUGUGGCGGAGCGUGUGCUGCCGCAUGCUGAGCGAGGAGGCGCUGAGCUCCGACAUCCUGUGCAACGUGAGCAGCUACAAGGCCAAGGCCCGGGCCCUGCGCCACGCCUGGAGCGCCGCCGACUGCUCCCGCAACGUCUACAUCAAGCGCAACGGCUUCACGCUGCACCGCAACCCCAUCGCGCAGAGCACGGACGGCGCCCGCGCCCACAUCGGUUUCAGCGAGGGCCGCCACGUCUGGGAGAUCUGGUGGGAGGGCCCGCUGGGCACCGUGGCCGUCAUCGGCGUGGCCACCAAGCGCGCCCCGCUCCAGUGCCAGGGCUACGUGGCCCUGCUGGGCGGCGAUGACCAGAGCUGGGGCUGGAACCUGGUGGAUAACAACCUCCUGCACGGCGGCGAGUCGGCCGGCAGCUUCCCGCAGUGCAACAACGCGCCCAAGUACCAGAUUGGUGAAAGAAUACGUGUCAUUCUUGACAUGGAAGACAAGACUUUAGCGUUUGAACGAGGCUAUGAGUUCCUUGGUGUAGCUUUCCGAGGCUUACCAAAAGCAUGCCUUUAUCCAGCAGUGUCUGCGGUUUAUGGAAACACUGAAGUGACUAUGGUAUAUCUGGGCAAACCACUUGAUGGUUGAUAGGCGCACACACGGGAAUUUAUAUCUUGGAAACCAAAGGAAGCUGCAUAAAUGGCCAUGGACAGCCUUUCCAGUUCCAGGCAGUUAAAGGAGCAAUGUGCAGUAGUCCAAGGGAAUAUAAAGAGAACUGCUAGCCAGGAGAAGCCAUGUGGCUGGAUCAUCAUUGUAUAUAUGUCUUAAUAAUCUGUAUAGUGAUGUCACUUGUCUGUGUUUUACUGUAAUAUGCUGUGUACACUUUACUGUCAGGAUGGGUGGGGAAUUUGGGAGUGUUUGGCCAUAGUUCAAUCAUUCUGAUAGUUGAAUUUUAAACCCAAAACUUGCUGUGUUGAAUUGCCCAUAAUCAAAUGGUGCAAAGCUCAGGAUCCGAAGUUAUUUAUUAUUUCAACAUGACCUGGGAUUAGACUGAGGUGGAAUGGGGUUGGGUAUGAGUGUAUGGGUAGAUUGUGGGAUGAAGAAGUUUGGGUAGCAGUAUCUAGAUCACUGUCUUAAGCUACACAGCAACUGUAUUACAGGAGCAAUAGGUGGGAUUCAAAAAUCAAUGUUUACAUAAAGAAAAUGAGAGACACUUCAAUUGAUCGUACUCCUGGUCCUCUAGUCCAAUAGCACUUUUAGUUGACUAGGUUGAAAACUGUUACAUAUAGGGAACUCCUUUCCCAUCUCCACCCUAAAUUCAGUCCACUGAUUCAUUUUCUGUUUGCUGCCAUUUCAGUUUAACUUAAUAAAGAUAGGCCUGAAGUAUACAUUCCUUCUGGUAUGGAACAACCCUGGCUCUGCCUUAUAUGAAAUGGCAUGCAAGGAGAUUGAUUUAAAAGCAUCUUGCUGAGUAUAUGAGAGGUUGCAGAUCCAUUGCACCAUUUGUUUUGAACUUGAGAUUUAUUCCCCAAGGGUGUUGUACACAUUUGGUGAUCUGUGUAACACUUUACUUUUAAAAGAAAGAUUAUCUCUCAAGCCUAGUGGUGACUGCUGUUUCAAAUGCAUAUUGAAAAUUCAGUGCGCAAAACUUUCAACAAGUCCCUGACAUUGUAAGCACAAGGUAUGUGAUUAUAUAACCAAUUCAUGUUUGAGCUUCCCACAACUUGAGCUCAAUAAGUAAUGAACAGGGCUGGAAUUUAAAUACACUAUGAAGUUUUGUUUUCAAUGACCCUGCCAUUUGUUUGUCCAUUCUGGGAAACUUUCCCUGGAAAAGCUCUUUAAGCAAUUCCCCAGAGACAGUAAAUAAAAGUUGUCCUGGUGAGGUGCAACAUGUGUUGAUGUCCAUCAUGUUUCCCAUUUAAUUCCUGAACUUCAAGGGCAGUCCUGGAACAGGGUGGGGUGGGAUCACACCUUCAUCUGUGCAGGUGGGGUUCAUGUACUCUAUUGCUCAAGUCUUUAUUAAUGGGUCUCUCAGGGGAUGAGAACAAACACAAUAACUUUGGCCUCGAUCUUUGAUUAGAUGGGCAGGCCUGUAUUUUAAUCUAAAUUUCCAAACUGCAAUGGGUGGGUAUUUAUUUAAACAAAAAACACUUGUUGAAUGUGAAGCCAUGGGUUUACUUAUGUCUGUCUGGUACAAGGCAAGCCAUGAUAAUGUAUUGCUGCUAUAGGAUUUUGCAUUUUACUUCAGUUAUUUUGUCAAUUUUUAUGUGUGUGUAUGGGUAAUAUACACAGAGUUUAACAUGGAGUUGAACUUGAUACUUUGCAACCUUUUAGUUGUACAUAAAUUAUUAAUUUAAUUUCUGUGAAACAUUUUAAAUUACCUGAAUUGUGGUUACGAAUGGAAAAUAACUUUUACCAUAAGAAUGAAUUGAGGACAAAAACAAAGCAUGUGAGCUACAAUUAAUGCAGAGCAUGUGAAUGCAGACCAUAGCUGAUACUGCUUUCAAGUGGCGCCUGCACUGAACCUUCCCCUGUGGGUUUGAAGGAGAAUCUGCAGUUUCAACCCAACUAAGUGUAUAUUUUUUACUAUUAUUCUUGUGUCAGACAUACCACAGAGUCCGUAUCUGGAAUCUUCUAUUCCAGCCAUUGCCACUUAAGUGUUGAAACUGUUAGCACUUUGACUUGCCUACUUAAAGGAAUUAUGUAAAGGGACGUUUGGGUAAAUACAAGUAGAAAGUCUAUUUUGCAAUUGUGUUACUGUCAAAUGAUAAAACUUUUUGCUUUGGCUAAUUCAGAGCAGAUGCCUUGUACAGUUGUGUUUCUGUAUUAACCAAAUGAUGCCCUUAUAAUUCAAGGACUCUUUCAUGGUCUUCAGUUAAGUCUCCCCAUUGCAUUGGGGAAUGAAUGGGGACUCUACAAAAUCUUGUCACCUAAAGUUAUUGGAGAUUUGCCAUGAGGAGGUGCUUUUAAGCAGCCAAUCUAGAGUUGUUUUUUUUGUUUGGGCUGCAUUUUACCUGAAUGCAUUUGUACUUAGUUUUAUCUGUAAAUAAAUCUGGAAAAGUAGUUUUCAAUA